UCUUAAGCUCAGUGGCCCAGAUGACGAGCCACUGUGUGUUGAAUCCUUUUGGGCUUGGGGGCUAUGGCGGCCCUGGCGCAGAUCGGAGCAAUGCCACGGAUGCGGCCCUGGCAGACGAACUCCACGAGAUGCUGAAGGGUUCCAUGUGCUUUCCGAAUCCAGUCGAAACGGAGAUAGAGAAGCGCGGGAAGCUCUUCCUGGAGAGCAAGUCCACGCUCUUCAUCCUGAGCAGUGCUGCUGGACAAACCCCCGCCACCUUUGAGAAGGUGCUGAAGCAGCUGAAGCACUCGCAAAGCAUCGAGAAUCUGCAUUUGUAUCCUGUACCUUUCUGGGAUGAGUCGGAUCCGCACUUCGACUUCUCGCAGUUCUCAGAGCAGAUGGCGACGUUGCCACGCCUGGAGUCUCUGCAUGUGCACCACAUGCUGGUGAAGAACUUCGAGCUGAGGCCGUGCCUGUCUCUUCGCCGGCUACGGCUGGUAGACCCGCAGGUCCAAGACGGCAAGUGGAGCGUCCAGCUGCCGCAGCUCAGAGAGCUGGUCAUGGAGAACCACAGCCCCCCGGAGAAGAACUUCGCCCGGUCGCUGCUGCAGUGCCCUCGCUUGGAAGAGUUCUUUGCGCACAAGUACUGGCACGACCAGGCGCUGCCGAAGCUCUUUCUGCCGAGCUGCAAGAGGUUCACCUUCCGGCGCGGGGACUGCACUGAGAAGCUGAGCUUGUAUCUGCCGCGGGUGGAGGAUCUGGUCCUGGACGCCUGCUACGACCUCCAGGAGCUGACACUGCUAAAGCAUGGGCAUGGCUCCCACCAAGAGUUCAACUUGCCCGAAAACCAGCAGCCCAGCAAGUUUCGCAUCUCGCUCACGAAUGCCAACUUGGGCCCUGCCGCGCAAGCCGCUCUCCAAGAGAGCGGCCGCAUGCUUAAUGACUUGGCCGAGUUCCAGGAAAACGACGGGCUUGCUGGUGCUGCAGGCAUGGACGCGAUUUUCCGGAACCUCCACAAUGCGGGGUUCUUUGGAGACGACGACGAGGGCUCGGAAGGCAUCAGUGGCAGCGAGACCGGCAUUGCUAGCGAUGCUAGCGAGAUGGACGAGCUGGAUGACGGCAUUCUGGGCAGGGCCGUGCGUGUGUGCUCCCUGCAGACGCGACAGGAGUUGAUCGGCAAAACCGGGCGCAUCAUCGAGGUGUAUCCGGAGAACGGCCGGGUGGGGGUGAGGUUCGACCAUGACCCCCGGUUGGAGCUUUCAUUGAGGAAGGAAAGUGUCGAGCAGGUCUAUCCACAGGGUGCAAGCUCAAGCAAGAGGACGAAGUUGGAGCAGGUGGAUUGAGAAAUGGCAACGCGCAGUUGCCAGAUGCCAUGUCGCCUUUUGAUGGCAGUUGUUUAACCUAGUUGUUUAGCUCACCCUGGCCUCCAAACCUUUAUGGGGCACAGGCCUAAAGGGCCCAGGGAAGGUCAUGAACAGGGACACUCUGUCCCUGCGUGGCGGAAGG